UGGUACCCAACUAUAUAAUAAUUUCCUCGACUCCAUUACUAUACUGCUAAACUUCUUUCAGAAAAAAGGAAGCUCAAAUAUGUUUUACUACUAUGUGAUUAUUCUACCUUUAUCUCUCUUUCUCUUGGCUUACAAAUUCUUCUUCGCCUCCAAAUCGCAACGUUACAACCUCCCUCCUUCUCCCCCUUACUCUCUCCCAAUCCUCGGCCACCACCGCCUCCUCAAACCGCCGGUCCACCGUCUCUUCCAACGUCUCUCCAAAACCCACGGCCCAAUCUUCUCCCUCAAGUUCGGCUCCCGCAGCGCCGUCGUGAUCUCCUCAUCCUCACUCGCAACAGAAUGCUUCACUGGCCAAAACGACAUCAUUCUAUCAAACCGACCUUGUUUCCUAACGGCCAAAUACGUCGCUUACAACUACACAACGGUCGGAACCGCGCCUUACGGCGACCACUGGCGUAACCUCCGCCGCAUUUGCUCCCUCGAAAUCCUCUCCUCGAACCGUCUCACCAACUUCCUCCACAUCCGCAAAGACGAAAUCCGCCGUAUGCUCACGAGACUCUCACGUGACGUCAACAAAGACAUCGAGCUAGAGCCGCUCUUGUCUGAUCUGACGUUCAACAACAUCGUGAGAAUGGUUACAGGGAAGAGAUACUACGGAGACGAAGUCCAUAACGAAGAAGAGGCGAAUGUUUUCAAGAAACUCGUCGCCGACAUCAACGACAGUAGCGGCGCUAGGCAUCCCGGAGAUUACUUGCCCUUCUUGAAGAUAUUUGGAGGGAGCUUUGAGAAGAAAGUGAAAGCUGUCGCGAAAAACAUGGACGAGAUCUUGCAGCGUCUCCUUGAAGAGUGUAAGAGAGAUAAAGACGGUAACACUAUGGUAAAUCACUUGCUCUCUCUCCAACAACAUGAGCCAGAGUAUUACACUGACAUCACCAUCAAAGGCCUAAUGCUGGGCAUGAUGAUCGCUGGAACAGACACCUCCGCCGUGACAUUGGAGUGGGCGAUGUCGAGUUUGCUAAACCAUCCAGAGUCAUUAGAGAAAGCAAAACUAGAGAUUGACGAGAUAAUCGGACAAGAACGUUUGAUUGACGAACCAGACGUUGCAAACUUGCCUUACCUACAAAACAUAGUGUCCGAAACAUUCCGGUUAUUCCCGGCGGCGCCGCUUCUGGUGCCAAGAUCACCGACGGAGGAUAUCAAAGUAGGAGGAUACGACGUGCCGCGUGGCACGAUGGUGAUGGUUAACGCGUGGGCUAUACACAGAGAUCCAAAUCUUUGGAACGAACCGGAGAAGUUUAAACCAGAGAGGUUUAACGGGGGAGAAGACGUUCAUAAGCUGAUGCCGUUUGGUAAUGGACGGAGAUCGUGUCCCGGCGCCGCGUUAGGGCAGAAGAUAGUGACGUUGGCGUUAGGUUCGUUGAUUCAAUGCUUUGACUGGGAAAAAGUCAACGGCGAGGAGAUUGAUAUGACGGAGACUCCGGGGAUGGCGAUGCGUAAGAAAGUACCUUUACGGGCUUUAUGUCGAUCUCGGCCCAUUAUGUAUAAGCUUCAGGCUCAUUUACACGCUUAGUUUUUCUUUUAACUACUUUUUUGGUUUUCUCAGCAAACUUGUUAGGUUUUGGCUAUGUGUCUAAUGAUUUGCCCAUAUUUAAUUCUAAUAAAAAAUGUACUUUUAUC